GGCUGGCCGCAUCAUAUCUCCAUAGCAGUGAGCAAAUACCCUGUAAAAGCCAUAAGCGGACUUUACAUCAGUCAGAAAUAUGUAAUCCUCCAAUAUCCGCCCAUUACAACAUCUAAACCCGCAAGGUUCCAUGUUAUUAAGGUCCUCACGUGUUGAAAGCUUAGCCGUCUAGCUUAUCGAUAAGGCUUAGAUCUCCAACGGUCCCCAAUAUCCACUGCCGAGAAUCUCACCAAGCCUCCGAGACCGCGCGUCAAUGACCAAUUACCACGGGAAAGCUAGCUCCCGGGUGGGAACACUCAUCCUAUGACCCUGUGAAUAGAUUUCUGUAGGAAUUUCUGAAGGCGCAGCUUGUCGGAAGAUGAGGAAUCCGAGCUGUGAUCACUAUGUGUUUUUUUUUACUGCCGUACGCGCGCUGAAAUCUCGGGAUAGCUCAGCGGGAUCGGGGGGGCUGGGGCCGAUGUGGGACAGGGCUGAAUACGAUCGUUUCAAAAUGGGGAGCUUUAUUCUCAAGAGUUGGCGAUUAAAAAUGUCAAAAAGAUGGGAUUAAAAAGACAGGGCUUGGUAUUGCAGGUGAUUACGACAUUAUUCUCUGGGCAUUGAAGCUCACAGCUUGUUUAGGAGCAAAUGAUCAUCAACGCCCAGCAAAUGGAACCGGCCGUCUCACGUCAUCAUCAUAGUCGUGGCGGUAUAGCUUAGACCCUUUCGCAUCACUCAUCAGUGGCUGGCCACCCCUGCUUGCUCUCUGCAGCCCUUUUUUUUAAUCCCCGUGGUCCCCCCUCUCAUUCUUUUUCCUCCCCUCUCUCUGUUUUGCGAAUCUAGCUGGAACACAAGCGAUAAGAGCGUCACCGACGAAACGAAGCUGCUACGAGAUACACGACAAUUAAUGAAAGACACGGAGAUACGAUAUUUCACGAUUGAUUAGGACGAUACGGCUGAUAAGAUUGCUAUCUUAUGAGUGGUUAGCUAAUUGGAGCUCGAUCGAUAUCGUGGCGUACCUUGCAGCUGAAACAUAACAAACCCGAUACGAUACCCUAGAUCCAUCAAGCCACGAUGUUGAAAAAGAAGGAAACCCUCACCAUUAUCACGCCCAUCCCGGGCUUCAUCCCCCGACAACUCGCCAUCGAUCUUCUUCACUCCCACGGUGAAAUCAUCACCGUCAAUCCUCUCGUCCUGUCGCACAAGCCCAUCCCCGCUCCCCGACAUGCCGCCGCCGACGAGUACUACAGCACCUGGUACGAGAUCACAGAGCGCAUCCAGUACAUCCCCGGCUUGGGAAAGAUAGGAUCUGGAAAGCUCACGUUUAAUGGAUGUUUCCAUGAUAUGCCGUGGGGUAUGCAGUCCCAUAUUUAUAUCCCGCUUGGUAUCGACAUGCGAAACAAGUACCGCAUUAUGGGGAAUCAGCCGGGUAUUGAACCACCGGAGCAACCUGAGCUUGGACUUGAACAACUCGGUGCACCGAAGGAAGGCCUUUAUCUUCGAACUGAUGUCGAGCUCAAGUGUAACAUCACCUUGAUGGGUUUCGUCAAGGCGGAGUCGAGAAAGGCUAGUGUUGAUAUGGUUAACCGUAUGGUUAAGAAGGCGGAGUUGCUUGAUGCUGGUCUUUUGAAGGCUAUGUUUGAGGAUGGAAAGCUGAAGACGUAUAACCCUAAUGAUCGAUCUGAGGCGAGUCAAGCGAGACAACAGGCUUUGAGACAGCAGACUAUGACGGAGGGUCAGUUCGCUGCUGCUGCUGCUGCUGCUCCACCUGGUCCUGGACCCACGAGCCCAGGUCCUUCUUACGCUCAGCCCUAUGCAUAUGCUCAACAGCAACAACAACCUCAUCUCCAACCCCAACCUUCGCCAACAUACCCCUACGCUCGUCCCGACGCCACCAACUCUCAAUACCCCCAAAGCCCAUACGGCUACCAUCCAAGCCAAACACCUCCACCCAACGCCCAAUACCAACAACAAGCACCACCCGUGCCCCCAAAAACCAACAUCCAAAGCUUCCCCAUGGAACUCCCCGGCGAUUACUACCACCCGCAGCAAUCACCAAACCUGCAACAACAGCCUAGCCCGGGGCAUCCACCCAGCAACUAUCGUAAUUCCACGGGGUCGUAUGACCCGCGAUGGUCGCAGUCUAGCCCAUCGGCUGCUGAUUCGCAUCGCGCGAGUAUGUAUUCGCAGUAUUCGGCGGGAUAUACGUCGCCGGCGCCGGCGCAGCAAAGUUUUGCGGCAGAGUUACCGUCGCAUAAUGAAACGUCGGAGGAGCAUAGGCAUUGAGGGAUGGGAAUUGGAUAAAAGUAGCCGGUCAUUUUAGUGAUGAUACAUGGGAUAGGCGUUUGUUUGGGAUUUUGGGAUGGAUUUGGUGCAGAUACCUUUUGUGAGUAAGUCAGACUCAUCUGUGAGGGUCAAGAGGAUGUCUUGGAGAGAAUAUGCAUGCAGUCUCUUUGAGUCUCUUGAUCAUGGUGUGGGUGAUGAGAAUACCCUUUUUUGGAUAAUAUUGAACAAUUUGCGAUUGAAACACACUGGCCUGCGUGAGGAUGACUGGUGAUGAGUCCCAAUGCCUCCGUGCAAAUAGCUCCUUCGGGUGACACGAAGAAGUCAAGUAAACGAGAUUCAGCUUCCAUUACGAUGCCAAACUAUUAUUCUCGCGCUAGUUUGAUAUUCUCGGGCAGAUUUACGAAAUGCGGCAUUCGGGUUGUUGCCGGCGAGAUAAGUCUACCUCUUUUCAGCCCUACGGACGGAGUUCACCACGGCGGACUUUGGUGGAGUCGGAAUUCAACCAACAUUCUUCGGCGACUUUGCCCACCAGAAACCAGCCCAUUGAGUAUGAAUUUGUCGGUAGUAAUGAACCGUAGAAACAAUAGAUUUGUAAUAGAGAUUGAUGCAUCGCUACAAUUGAGACUGGGGAGGGUUCGAGGUGUUGAUAUAAGAAGCACCACAUUACCCAAAGAGAGAUGAAUGACCAAGACUCAGA